AUGGUUUUAAAAAAUCUUAUUCGUUAUAUUAUUAAUAAAUAUUUAAAAGAUUAUAUUGAACAAUUAGAUUAUGAAAAAGUUAAACUUGAUCUUAAAAAUGGACAUGUAUGUUUGGAACAACUUCAUUUAAAACCUGAAUCUCUAACCGAUCUGAGUCUUCCUGUUACUGUAGCUAUUGGUUAUCUCGAAAAAUUGACAUUAAUAAUUCCAUGGAAAAAUCUUUAUAGCAUACCAACAAAAGUUCAAAUUAAUGGACUUUAUAUGUUGAUUGUUCCAAAAAAUGAAAUUCGUCGAGACUUAACUGAAUAUUAUGAUGACAAAAUGCAACGUGUUCAACGAAAAGUUGAUAAUUUAAGAAAGGCAAGAUUAAAUAAUAAAAAAGUUGAUGAAAAAGAGACAACAUUUAUGGAACGAAUGAGAUUACAAAUAAUGCAGAAUCUUGAGAUAACAAUUCGAAAUUUACAUAUUAGCUAUGAAACAAUAUCAACAACAAAAUUAGGACAUCCAUUUUCGUUUGGACUUACUAUACAUUAUCUCGAAAUGACUACAACAACAAAUCGUCAACCAAUUGAAAGAAUUAAAGAGAAUACAGUUGUAAUAUUCAAGAUGAAAGAAAUGCAUACACUUUCACUCUAUUGGAAUACAAAAUGUAAAUCAAGGAUUGAUAUGUCAUUUGAUGAUGUUGUGAAGGACUUAAAAUCUAAAAUAGCCACAUAUAAUUAUAUACCAAAAACUGACGAAAUGAAUUACAUUCUUUAUCCAAUGAAUCCUAUUAUCAAUUUAAUAAUAAAAUUACAACCGGGAGAAUAUAAUUUUGAACGUCCAGCAUAUGAUAUUGAUAUUCAAAUCGAACAAUUAAAUCUUAAUAUUGAUCCAAAACAAUUUUCUGAUUUACUUGAUUUUAUUAAAUUUCAAAAUUAUAGUAAAAUUUAUGAUCGUUGUCGAGAAUAUCGUGAAUUACAAUUACAACAAGCAUUAGAUAUUACUGAAUUGACAUUAGAACAAAAAGAACAUCUAAAAUAUCUCGAAACAAAAUUAGAUGUAUUCAAUUUGGCUUAUAUUCGUCAUAGUGUUGAAAUAGAAACAAAUUCUACUCUAAAAACUAAAGAAGUUGGACAUCACCAUACUCAUCAUCGACACUACAAUCAUUAUCAUCAUCACCAUCAUCAUCAUCAUCGUCAUUCGAUAAAAACAAAUCGAAUAAUGAAUUCUACAGUUACUUCUACCAACAAUCAUAAAUGGUGGAAUUCUUGGUGGCAAACAAAAAGUCAUUCGAGAGAAGAGCGACGAAAAUCAUCAACAUCUAGUUCUAUUACAACUAGUGGAGAUUCUUUUUCUGAAGAUUGGCCUAAUAUUGAUGUUGAAAUUAAAGUUAAUAAUCUUCUAUUGAAUUUAUCAUUACCAAAGAUGAAUAACACUUCUCAAAUAUUUCAAUCAACAGAAAAUGAAAUUCUUUGUCCAAUUAAAAUUAUAAAUGCUCAAUUCGAUUUCAAACGACGAACUGUUUCAUCAAAUAUUUUAUUUGUAAUUGAUCUUCAAUCAUUUUCUGUAUUUGGUAUGCAAACUGAUAAUCAACAUCGACCAUUAUUAUUAACAGCAGCUUCCACAUCAUCUCUUCCAUUGAUACACAGCGAAUUGGAAUUUUCUCCAAUUGAUAAAAAAUCUGAUUACCGUCUCUUUUUAGUUCUAGAACCAUUAAAAAUUGCAUAUGAUGCUCCGACAAUCAAUAAAAUUAUUGAAUGUUUUGAUCCCAAUAACGAUAAUCUCAUGUCGACAUUGUCAAAAAUAAAAAAAAGAACAAUUGAAGAAAUGGAACAAGAUCUUUCUCAACAAAAAGUUUUUGAUAUGACAAUACAAUUAAAAGGCAUUUCACUACUUUUACCAAAAAAUGGUAUAUUAUAUAAACAUUCUUCCAUGAUUCAUAUUGAUUUGGACAAUUUGGUCUUUAAUUCAUGUUUAGAUGAUGACAAAAAUGAUAUUAAUUCACUAUUCAAGGAAGAAGCGCAACAGUUACGAUUUUAUACAAAGUAUCAAUUGAAAUUACAUAAUCUACGGAUUAUUUACUCACAAUCAGAUAGACGACAAUUACAUAUAUUACGACGAAUACCAUUGAUUGAUAUCAAUUUUUACAAAUGUAUCUAUUCGGAUGAUGUCCACUUGACAGAUUGGCGUAUUGCUGGAACAAUUUCAAAAAUGGAUCAAAUUGAAUUAUCAAAAACAAUUUUAAUUGAGUUGAUGAAUCAUUUGAAAUCUGUUCCAUUAUUGUAUUCAAACAUGAUGGAAACAUUGCAUCGAAUCAAUGUUUAUUUUCUUAUUUUUCCACCUUAUACAACUAUAGAAGUUGAUCUUUUCAUUCAAAACUGCUUUCUUCUACUGACACAAUUUCAUACAUCAAUUAUUACAGACAUUCAUUGUCAUAUAUUGAAACCACGAGAUAAAAAUAGCGAUAAAAAAGAUAUGACAAUUUUACUGAAUAAUUUAACAAUGUCACAUCAAACUAAUUCCGAAAUAAAACAACAAUCAUCAUUGUUAUUUUAUCAAAAUCGAUCUAUCAAAUUAAAUUAUAGUAAUGAUCCGAUUAUGAGAGUGUGA